GGAAGCCACCACCGAAAACCCGGACCAGACGUUUCUAUCAUCGAUGCCGGAAGCGGUGGCCACCGCCAUUGUUGCGGCGGAUCCUGCCAUGGAACCAUCCGACCUGCUAGACAUAUCGACGGCAACGAUUACGAGCGGAGGAACCGACCAGACAGAUACCUCGGCUUCGGCCGCUAUCAGCCCUCUGGCCUUGGUCGAUACGGUUAAGAAACUAUCCGGAGCGGACAUCAUCGAUGGGAUCAUUCGUGAGGGUACUGUAGCCCAGGACCUGAUCAACAACAACAGUAACGGCAAUCUGACGACCGGGACCGAAACUUUGGCGACAGUAGUCGGCAAGAAGACGUCUCCCCAGAACAAGAAGGUCAAUAAGCGCAGCAAACCCAACGACCUGUCCAAGUUCACCCGGUCCACUCGUAAAUCGAAAAGUUGUGCCAUAUUCUACUUUAAGCAUUUGGAUACGGACUCGGAACAGAACAAGGAUUCCAGCGAGAGAACAAAGUCGGAGGAAUCCUCUCCGGAGGGUGGAAGUAGCUCGUCAGAAGGGGACGAGGGUUGGGUUUAUAAUAAUGGAGACGGUUCCGAUGAUUUAGACCCGAAUCAGAACCCUGAGGAUGUCGUUGAGGAUGAAGAAGACGAGAAGGAAAAUAAACCGGACGGCGAGGAUCGACAGGAUGGAUUAAAGAUGGUCAAAUCCGUUUCUAUUGGGACGAAUUCGGUUGGCGUCGGGGGAGGAAGUCUGCGGGAGCUAAAAUCGAAGAAGUGCUUGGACUUUUCCGGAGUAGAUUUGAGCUCCCGGGCACUGAUGAUGACUUCAAUUGGAGCAUACAGGAACAGUACGGAAUCGGUGGAAAAUGGUGAUCCGAGGCAGCACUACGCAUCUAAGCAGCAUCAGCAAUAUGCAACGACCGCAAUCCAAAGGUUAGUGCUAAACGCCGAAACGCUGGUGCGGGACGAGAUUUUCGCCAAAUCGCCCAACAAAAGUGGCGGCGCCUCCAAGACGACGCAAUCGUCGAACGUCGGGACGCCUCAGUAUUUGCAUCAUAACCAUCACCAUCAUCAUCAUCAUUACCAUCAGCAGCAGCAACAGCAUCAGCGUCACCAGAAGAAGCUGAUUGUUGUUCAUCCAUCAGCAUCAUCAUCAUCGCCCAACAACAACAGCAGUGCCAACAACAACGGAAAUCCUAACUUUAGUAGCUGUGGCAUGAAUAAUUCCAUCGCAGGCAACCGGAAGUCCCCAGAGAAGGGGAUGAGCAACGUUAAGAUCAACCGGAUUGAGGAAUGGCUCAAGAAGCAACCUCUGGACGUUGCUCCGGCUGGACCGCACCUGUCCGGGUCCGUUCCCACAACGGAUUGCGAAGCAUCCGGCGAGUACACCGAUUCAGAUUCCAUUACCCGGGAUACCGACAGCUCCGAAGGAUUGGCCAACUCCGUUGCCACCUGUCUACAAGGGGACCAAACUUCCCAAGAACUCCUUAACGUGUAUCCCUCGGAACACUCGAACGUAUCGAACGACGAGGUCGAAUCCAAGAAUGCGUCCCACACCAACUCGAACCCAUCACUUGUGAAGAGGCGCCUCAACAAAUCUUCGGCCGAACGCCCCUGGUCCGUAUCGUGCAUUUCCCAGCUCAACACUUCGGCCAUCGAGAUCAAUCAAUACAUUGCGGGCGAGGCCCAUCACCACCAGAAGCUGACGGCUUGCUUCUCGAUCAGUGAAUCGGCCCUGAACACGAUGUCUUCUGCGCUGAGGGGUGGAGGAGGAUCCCUGAAGCAGCAAACAGCUAAGUCGGCACUGGCCGGAUGUGGAGGAGCCGGCGGAAGUAGCAGUGGAGGAAGCAGUCAACAGCAGCUGACGGCGGUUGCCCGGAGCUCCGAUGGCAAGGGAUCGCUGAAAAAGCGGAAGCUGCGAGCGCGAAGAAAGAAUCGCAUCGACGAGUCCGGUUCCGAUGAGUCGCAACCACCUUCGCAGCAUUCUUCGGCGCUUCAGCGACUGCAGCACUCGUUAAUUCUUCAGCACCAGAAGCAGCUGCUCCAUCAGCAGCACAAUCCUCAGCACCAGCAACCGUUGCGAGAAAUUCAACUGGCCGCAGCAGCAGCCGCAGCAGUAGCCUCCGGCAGUGGAAGUAGUGCAAGCGGCCGGCGCCUCUUGAAAUCCGAAUCUUUCUCCGGACGGAUUCGCCUGGCCGAUGAACUAGUUACCCUUUCGUCCCUUUCCGGCUCGUCUGGUUCGCGGAAAUCGUCCUCUGCCCGGCAGACGACGAGAGGAACGACCCUGACGACGUGUACAACAACGACGGUGGCCACGACGAUGACCACGGCACCUCCAGCCACCGGAAAUGGAAACGGUGCCCUGAAGAUGAGAAGAAAAUCCGGCUCCCCGGACAGUGAAGAAGAUGAACAUCAACAUCAACAGCAGCUCCUCGUGAUGGGAGGUGAAGAUGAUGCCGAUUUUGGAAUGGCACGGCCCAACUUCAAAAUCGGUUCCAUCACCCGAGCUCGCUAUGGAUCUCUCAAUCUAGGAUCAUUAGCUGCACUGGCUAAUUAUAAUCUAGAUGCAAACAGAGAUGGAGGAGCCGGAAACGCCGCAGCAGCAGGAACAUCUGCAACAACAUCAGCGUCAGCAGGAACUGCGGACGGUGCCGGAACGGGCACGGAAGAGAUGAGCAGUUUCUCCGAACAGGCCUGGGACAACUACCAGGACAAGUACAGCAGUGAACCGUACUCGGAGGACCGAGACACGGAUGCGGCGCGCCGUUUGUUGUACUUUGGAGACGACUAUCGGAAUUUUAUCGAUUCGCAGUCCGACUGCGCGUCGUCGUCGCUUUCGGCGGCCAACAUGGACUCGCUGUCACCGCCACGAUUCCGCCGGAAUGAUCAUUCUGGGUUGGGUAGCAGCGGCGGCAGUGGAGGCAAGGGUCUGAGUCCGGAAUCCAACCUCAUCUUGGUGAACCGACGGAAGCGAUUGGACGAGUACCGGAUGGACGAUCGAUACAGUCACAACAUGCACUCCUGGUCCAGCAAAUCGGGCAGCCCACCGCACCAUCACUUGCUCGACAAAACCCUAACCGGUUCGGGAGGCGGCCGCUCCGGCAAGCAGCUUCUGCACCAGCACCAGAUCCUCUACGAGAGCCCGCUCGAUGGGUCCACACCCAUGGGAGCUGGUGCCGGAACUUCCGGUGCCGGACGGCGCCGUUCGCUCCGUUCUGUGGACAAGCACAACUCGUUCUUGCGAUCGCUUUCGCACGAAACCAGCUCCAGCUCCAACAACGAAUUCGACGAGGACAUGGAAGCGGAGGUGAAGAAGCUUCUGAUCACGACCAAGCUGCGCUUCGCCAACACCGAAGCCCUCAAGUCCAAAUCGCACCUGCUGAAGCCGGAAGACUACGUAAGAUGUUUGAUUCUGUAUUAUUGUGAUGUUUGUUUGCGCUAUGCAUGCACCUACUGCUGCUGCCUUCAAACGAUCCUGUUUGUGCUGGUUCUGCUCUUUGUGGAGCUGUGUUAUGGGAGGAUUGGGUAGAUUUUCUUAUUUUGUUCCUUAGGAGGAUAAUGUAGCCUUAAUUGUUUAUUUAUUAUUCAUAUUUGUUGUUGGUUUGUAGUUACCUUGAGUUGUAGAGAAUAUAUUAUUCGUUUAUUUA